AUGCCCAGGAUAUCGCCGAAGUUAGCCCGACUAGCACGAGAGUCUUCUCUUCUCCUUCCCCCUCUACUUCGAGCUAACAAAACCAUAGAUUCUGCCAAACAGGAACUACGCUGGAUCCAACAAGAACUUCCCAAGAACAAAUGGAAAUCGGCUAUACGGGAAAGAUCACAAUUGAUACCUUUACAGUACAUUCUAGGAUCACAACCAUUUGGAUCUCUAGAUAUUCAUUGUCGCCCAGGAGUGUUGAUUCCACGAUGGGAAACUGAGGAAUGGGUAACGGAACUAGCUGAUGCUUUUGGUAAACGCAAAAAUACGACCAAUAAUGGUAAAUUACUGAACAGUUUGAACGUGAUAGACGCUUGCACUGGCACAGGAUGUAUCCCGCUUCUACUUCAUUCCGACCUUUUGAGUAAAGGAGUGUGUUCAAACGUUACAGGAUUUGAUAUAUCUCUCGAGGCAUACAAGCUUUCUUGUGAAAACCUCGCCAUUUAUGAAAGUUCCCGUGAUAUUUCUGAUAAUGGCAAAGUUUCGUUUAAACACGUAGAUAUCUUUAGUCAUGAUUUGCUUGAGCAACUUGAAGUGACUUCCAGAAGCGUAGACCUUAUCACAUCCAAUCCUCCAUACAUUCCCUUACAAGACUAUAAACUGUCUGUAGAUUUCAAUGGCACAUCGAGAUCAGUUCGUCUCCACGAGCCAGCUCUAGCUCUUGUUGGAGAAAAUGAAUUCUACGAAACAUUGAUUACAAAACUUGUGUUGCCGACAAAAGCAAAAGCUUUUGUCUUUGAAUUAGGAUACGAAGAACAAGCACAAAGAGUGAAAGAGUUGUUAUUUCCGUUUAAGAAAUGGAAAGUUAAACGAUACACUGAUAGUGCAGGCAAUAUAAGAUGCGUACUUGGUUGGAUACGUGGCUCCAACAUGUCUGUAUUAGACAACAUAACAAGAACUACUGAAAUGUGA